AUGACGUCGGUGUCUCAGAUGACCUGGAAGAACGAGUCGCAGAUGUCGAAGCAUAUGUCAGGCGCGAGGCUGACGAUGUUCCUGCGCGGCAAGGUCAAGGCUGGGCACUGUCGCGACGACCCUUCGAACCCACCAGAUCCGAUGAAGAAGCGCCAGUACUGGGUGAAGGAGAUUGAGCUAUCUCGCCGCGGGGACAUGCUGAUGCAACAGAUGCGCGAUCAGCUGAAGGAGGCGGAGCUACCAUAUGAUGACGAAUUCAUCCAGAAGCACGGUGGUGACUUGUCCAUCAUUAAGGACAACUUGGCAGUGCUUGAGGAUGGAGGUGCCCAAGAUUUAAUCGACGCUUUCAUCGUGAAGAUCUUGGAGGGAGAUGGUGAUCAGGAGAUGGAUCCGCAUGCUGCACCUGUAGACUCGCUUCAUGCCUUCAAUGGUGCGCUGGAUGCUAUGGCCGCCGACUCGAUCGCGCCGACGCCGACGGGUGAUCCCCUGCCGGGGAUCGAGGCGCAGAUCCGCACGCUCGAUGAUGAUGUAGACGGUGCUAAAGAUACGCUCCCAGGGGCCGACACGCAGUUGGCAUCAGUCUUGGACAUCGGGUUGGACUACAACCUUGGCGAUCGCGUGACGGCGGGUGCGCCUGAGGAGUUCUCUAUGGGCGGGCUGCAAGCUGAGUUGUUCGGGGGCAAGGCUGUGGGGGCCGUUGCCGCUGUGCCAGCGCCGAAGGCCACGAUUGCCAAGGCCGCUGCAGUGGCCCCAGAGAUGGUGGCGCCGAAGGCUGCAAUGCCGACUCCAGCUGCGCUGGCAGCCUCUGCGGAGCCGCCCGCGGCGAAGCCGCCGCCGCCGCAGCCGCCGGCCGCGCCGUUGCCAACGGCGCAGCCGCUGCACCAGGCGCCAGCAGCGGCGGCGCCCAUCAUGCCUGCUGCGGCGGAGGCGGCGCCAGCAGCGGCGGCGCCGAGCAUGUCUGCUGCGGCGGCGGCCAUGCCUGAGGCGGCGGGGCCUGCCCACGAUAUGCCCGUUGUCCGCGUGCGCCACAACUCGGUGACCGCGCCGGCCGAGUGGGCUGUGUUCACAAGGCAGCUCAAGAACACCACCACCUACCCGCAGAACAUCAAGGACGAGGCGGCCACCAAGCAGGGCAAAUUCCAAGCCUUCAAUCUCUGGCUGGAGCGCAACAAGGACCCGACGAAACUCACUAAGAAGAUCCAGUUGAAGAUCACUGCGCGCGACAGGGGCGAGGCUGUUUGGGAGUGGCUCAAGCCGAAGCAGAUGCUCGCUUUCUACAGCCCGGAGAAGGUCGAUGAGCUUAAGAAGCAGAGGGAUGGAUCAGGGCAAUAUCAGUUGGAUGCUGAGUUCCCGAACGACACGAAUGAGCGGUACUACUUGAUCCGCACCCGCCUGGCUAACAUUAAGUCGUCAGAGCAGGAAAUCGAGAUGUCCAUGGAAGGGGCGCAGGAUCUUGACCAGGAUAGCGCGAAAGCGCUGCUCAGCAGUGACGGUCUCUUCGGGGGGGCGAUGGCGCUCGCUGGGCAAGAAGGCGGUGAGAAAUUAUUCGGGCUCGUCCCCGCGCCUGCUGGCAAGCCGACGAAGGAUCCCAAGAACCCGAAGGGAAAGGCCCAGGGGACUGCAAAGACCUCCUACACGUUAGAUCCAGCCGACUAUGCGAUGGCCACUACCAUGCUCAGCGACAUGCUCAAUCAAGUGUCCAGGGCAGAGCGGCUCUCGACUGAGCUGAACGCCCAUCAGCUCUCCACGGAUAUCGAGAAACAGAUGACGCAGCACGCCAAGAGGGCCAAGGAGCUGUGGAAGAUUGGCGAGAAGCUUGUGGGUCUCAGCCCUGAGACAUACCAGCAGGAGGCGUUCGUCAAGGUCCAGGCGAAAUUCGUCGAGUGGACGGCUUGGUUCGACACCAGGUACGAGGCCGGGAACAGCCUCGUGAAGAAGAUCAACUCGAAGAGGAAGGCCGCAGCCAAAGCCGAGGCCGACAAGAAGAAGGUGAUCGAGGAUGGCGAUGCCGGCAAGGCUGGACACGCCUUUCUUCUCUCUUCGUCCUCGCGAUAA